AUGAACUUGGGCGCACUGCUGCAAAUUCAGUUGGUGCUGAACAUUGAUUGUGUCGAUAUAUUGCAACAUGUCCCACGGCUGUAUAACGAGGCGGAUAUUCUUGCUAUGGACAAUGGGAUGCGAGCCGUUGGGACGGCCCCCAACCCCCAACGCUGGAAUGCCGCAGUAAUACUACCACUAAUACAUGGCAUCUUUGACUGGCAAUCCAUCCAAACAGCACUGUUAUUCGAUCACUGCCUAUAUUCCAAAGAAGCAUACCCGGUCACAUUCUUUCUCUCUCUCGCCGUAUUUUUUGAACUAGAGGCAGUUGCCCAGCUGGAGGUAGAUGCGACGCGUGCUGACUCGAGUAUUGAGACCAUGACGCUCCUGGAACAGCGAUUCGAGAGCCUUUGGCUGGAGAAAGCCGUUGUUGAACACGAGGGGUAUGAGAAGGUAAAGGCAGCGCUAAGGAAAGGGAGAGUUGGAUUUCUUGUGGUAUACUGUGGACAAUUGGAGAAAUGGGAGGGUAAUUUUCGAAGAGUUGUGGCCAUUUGA